CAUGUUUUAGAAAAACGCACCGAGAAUUUUCGUUGGAGAACGGACAUCAGACUCUCGAUUUCCUCUAUCGUUUUCUCGCGACUCUCUAGGGUUAGGGUUUGUUUAAUUUCACGCAUUAUUCUUCUUCUUCUUCUUCUGCAAUUCGCGACUGGAGAAGUACCUAUUUUCAUCGCAGGUAAGGUUUGGAUAUUUUCGUUCUAGAAUAUACUCUAAUGGCUGGAGUUCUAGCUGGAGAAUGUUCGUACAGUGAGAUUGGAGUUUCAUCACUCUCCAGGAAUUCUCAUGUAAAGCAAGACAAGGUUGAAAUGAGAGGUAGCUGCUUUAACAGCAACUUAGCUCAUCAUAUCCCUCUUGAUCUAACAAUUGAGAUUCUCACUAGAUUGCCGGUUAAAUCUCUUAAGAGGUUCCAAUGUGUAUCCAAGGAAUGGAUAUCCAUCAUCUGAAACCAAGUAUUCAUUGAUUCGUUCUUCUCAAUCUCCCAAACUCGAUCACGAUUUCUAGUCGCUGUUCGUAUUGCUGAGAACCGUGUAAUCCUCUUAUCUUCUUCACACAAUGAAACAGAGGUACCUACUACUUCUUUGGUUACCAAUCUUCAAAUGCCAAUACGCGGUCGCCGGCUGAACCCUAUUCGUUAUACUUCUUUGCAUACCAAUCUCGAAAUGACAGUGGCCGGUUUGCCUGUGGACCUUGUUCAUUGCUCUUCCAUCCAUGGAUUGUUCUGUUUGGUAGAUCCUUCAGAUCCAGGUCGGUUCACGAUAUGUAACCCUAGCACUAGACAAGUCAUAACAUUGCCGGAUAUCAAAGCUUUUAGUGGUAGAAGAAAGCGCAUAAAUAUGUUCUUGGGAUAUGAUCCUGUUGGUAAUGAGUACAAAGUAUUGUGUAGCACGGCUGUGCAUGGUGAACCUUGUCAAGUGCACAAGGUUUUAACAAUUGGAGGAGGAAAUCUUUCGUGGAGAAGCAUCAAAGGUAGAAAAAUCCCUCGUUAUACUGUUGUCACAAAUGGAAUAUGCAUCAAUGGGAUGGUGUUUUACGGUGGGUUGACUACCAAAAGACAAGAGAAGAAAUUGUGGAUUUUUCGUUUUAACGUUAGAAGUGAGGGCAUGAGUUCUAUCAGCACAUAUCCGCAGGUCACAAAUCAUGGAUCAUUGAUCAACUACAAUGGGAAGGUAGCCGCGGCUAGUCCCUUGCCACGUGCUCCUCUUGGUAGUUUUGAUUUGUGGGUUCUAGAUGACUUCGACGAAAAACGUAGAUGGUUAAGGGAAAAAUUCAAUGUCCACCCUUUGGUGUUGCAUUUGUCAGGGAAAACUGAGUUAAAAAUCUUAGGCAUGAACAGAAGUAACGAGGUCGUUAUAGGUCCGCUAAAGGUGCCCCCCAAACAUGAGCCAUUGUACAUUUACUACUUCCACAAAGGAGGCCAGAAAUUAAUUAGAAGAGUUGAACUUGAAGGAUUUGAAGAGUUUAGGUGCAAUCAUACAAGUGACGAGCAAUGUGUUUGUCAAGUCAUUUUCUCACCGGAACACUUUGAAAGUCUCGUGUCUUUAUAAUCUAUGUCUUUUUUUUUUGUUUUUCUUUCUCUAAUUUAUGAAGGAUUGUGACAUACUGAUGUUUGUGUUUCUUUUUAGUAACUAUAUUGUUGAAUCAUAGACCUACAAUUCCAUAUUUGAUUAUU